AUGGAAGAUGAGGAUGAUGACUGGGGGUGGUGCCAGCCUCUAACCCGUCAACCAACCCGGGCUGAAACCGCAACAGGUCGAUCAAUUGAAGUCAAUACCGAUAUCACUGAGAACUUAGGAGAACCGCAACAGCCCGACUCACCUCAAGCCCCGAUCGAGCUUGAAGAGAACUGGCACUAUGAAGAGCUUCAACGGCAUGGACAAGGGCAAGAUCCGGAAGAUGAAAUACCGCGUGAGCCAUUCUGCGAUUCUCCAAUCAGGACAGCUCUGGAAGCACUGGUCAACAACAACAUUACUCUUGUGGAGUAUGGGGCUCAGGUUCAAUUCAGAUGUGGAUAUGAAGAAGUUCCCGUUGUCGUCGAGUGGGCAGUGCCUGAUGAUCAACUACAGCAUGCGUCGCAAACUCUCCUCGAACACAACUUCCCUCUCCUCCACCACGGUGUGCGCCCCGAGUUUGGAUACUGGGAUACUGGAUGCCGGAGACAUGGCCUUGAUAGCAUAGGCUGGAUGCGUGUCCACCUUCUUCCGCUCUCUUUGGUUGGGCUUACACUUGACGAGACCAUCGACGUCUCUUCCAUGUUCGCCCCUAAGCUUCGUAUCUUGACCCCGCUACCUACCCGAUACAUGCUGUCCCUGAUACGCCAUCUCAAGAAACUUCCCCUUCGUGACAGUAGCCGACUUCGAGUUGAAAAAGACCUGCUAGGGUUCAUCGGUUACUACAUAGUUCGAGAUCCGCCUCCCGAACUGCAACAGAGCGAUGAGCCUCUCCAAAAGAAACUACAAAGAGGGGUUGAAUUGAUGCGAACAUUUGACUGGGGCAAUGUCGACCAAGACGAACUGGCAACAGCUGAACGCCUAGUGCUGGAUUGUCGGCGAGUUUCGAAGUUGACAGAUGUUGUGGAAGACCUCGACUGA